CAAGGUGGCGAAAAAUGACCAGCUGCACAUUUGAUUCGCACAAUUCCCAAGGGCGUCCUGGUCUGGGGUGCUGCUGGUGUCCUAUUACUGUUCUGAAAGAUUUGGGCUGCACAUAACUAGCCUCAUUACUGGACCUGGAUUCAGCAAUAGCCGAGGAAUUCAUCAGGAGUGAGCUCUACUGUGUUGUGUCCUUCGUCUCGCAGGGAACGAGCUGGUCAGACAGGCCUAGCGUUGUACAUUUGUGCAGGCUAGUAGUUUCCUACUGCCGAAAUGGCUGCAUCCAGCAGACAGCAAUGGAUGCGCUGCGUGCGGAGUCUGGGAGUCGUCAUUAAUAACUCCGGCUCACGGCCAGUCGUGAACCACUCCCGGCCUCUCACCUCCCUCGCCGACGCUCCUGCUCGCCAUGGCCACUCCAGCAUGCUCGGAGCUUUCUCCGCUCGUUCCACCGGCAUUUCCGCAGAAAUCCGCGCCAGAAACGCCGCUCAAGGGUUCCGUUCCAUCUCCGUGGACGCAUUGAAGCCUAGCGACACAUUCCCCCGCCGUCACAACAGCAUCACUCCCCCAGAGGCCCAGGGCAUGGCUGAAUUCUGCGGCUUCGAAUCCGUCGAUGCUCUUGUCGCUGCGACCGUUCCCAAGGACAUCACACGCCAGCCGAUGCAGCUGGGAAAGUACACGGAGGGAUUCCCGGAGAACGAGAUGCUCGAGCGCUUUAAAGACAUGGCUUCUAAGAACAAGGUUCUCAAGUCGUUCAUCGGCAUGGGUUACCACGGAACUAUCGUCCCCCCGGUCAUUCUCCGUAACCUGCUCGAGAACCCUGGCUGGUACACCCAGUACACUCCUUACCAGGCGGAAAUCGCUCAGGGACGUUUGGAAUCUCUCCUCAAUUUCCAGACCAUGAUCGCUGACCUCACGGGCAAUGCCGAUGUCCAACGCGUCGCUGCUGGACGAAGGGACGGCGGCGGCGGAAGCCCAUGGCCAUGUGCCUCAACAUCAGCCGAGGCAAGAAGACCAAAUUCUACAUCUCCAACCUGUGCCACCCGCAGACCAUCGACGUGUGCCUGACACGCGCAGACGGGCUGGGGAUCGACGCCAUUGUCGGCGACCACACGAAGUUCGAUUACUCCAAAAAGGACGUCUGCGGCGUGCUGGUCCAGUAUCCCGCGACGGACGGCACCUUGAUCGACUACUCCGAUUUUCGUCGCCAAGGCGCACGAAAACGGUGCGAAGGUGGUCAUGGCGACGGAUCUGCUCGCGCUGACCGUCGUCCGGCCGCCUGGCGAGCUCGGCGCGGAUAUGGUGGUGGGAUCCGCGCAGCGGUUCGGCGUGCCGAUGGGGUACGGUGGUCCCCACGCGGCGUUCCUUGCCACGUCAGCGGAGUACAAGCGCCUGAUGGCUGGGCGGAUUAUCGGCGUGAGCAUUGACGCGCAGGGGAAUCCGGCGCUCCGUAUGGCGAUGCAGACGAGGGAGCAGCACAUCCGGCGAGACAAGGCCACCAGCAACAUCUGCACGGCGCAGGCGCUCCUCGCCAACAUGGCCGCCAUGUACGCCGUGUAUCACGGCCCCGAGGCCUCAAGGACAUCGCGAACCGCGUGCACGGGCUCGCGGCGGUCUUCGCCAAGGGCGUCGAGAUGGCGGGCGCGGGCGCCGUGGCUAAGGAGCCCUUCUUCGACACCGUCAAGGUGGUGGUCGGCGGCGGGAAGGCCGCUGCCGUGGCGGCUGCUGCUGUGAAGGAGGGUAUCAACCUUCGCGCGCUCGACGCUGAUACGAUCACUGUUGCGUUCGACGAGACCAGCUCCAUUGCUGACGUGGACGCGCUCCUGAAAGUCGUGGCUGGGAAGCAGCCUGACUUCACAGCGGAGUCCAUUGCACCCCAGGUGGACGCGUCUCUGCCCAAGGCGCUGGAGAGGGACAGCGCCUUCCUCACCCACCCCAUCUUCAACGCCUACCACUCGGAGCACGAGUUGCUGCGCUACCUGCACCGCCUGCAGGCGAAGGACCUGUCGCUCGUUCACUCCAUGAUCGCCCUGGGCUCGUGCACCAUGAAGCUCAACGCAACUGCAGAGAUGAUUCCUAUUACAUGGCCCGAGCUCGCCAACAUGCACCCCUUUGCUCCCCUCGACCAGACCCAGGGCUACCAGGAGAUGUUCAACGACCUGGGCGCCAUGCUGGCGGAGAUCACAGGCUUUGACUCGGUCUCCCUGCAGCCCAACGCGGGUGCCGCUGGCGAGUACGCCGGACUCAUGGCCAUCCGCGCCUACCACCAGUCCCGCGGCGACCACCACCGCAACGUGUGCAUCAUCCCAGUGUCCGCCCACGGCACAAACCCAGCAAGUGCAGCCAUGUGCGGCAUGAAGAUCGUGGCAGUGGGCACCGACGACAAGGGCAACGUCAACAUCGCUGAGCUCAAGGCCGCUGCUGAGAAGCACAAGGACGACCUCGCUGCGCUCAUGAUCACGUACCCAUCAACCCAUGGCGUGUACGAGGAGGGUGUGGACGAGAUCUGCCGCAUCAUCCAUGCCAAUGGCGGUCAAGUGUACAUGGAUGGCGCUAACAUGAACGCACAGGUCGGCCUCACCAGCCCCGGCCACAUAGGGGCCGACGUGUGCCAUCUCAACCUGCACAAGACUUUCUGCAUCCCCCACGGAGGAGGCGGACCCGGCAUGGGGCCCAUUGGAGUCAAGGCACACCUCGCCCCCUUCCUGCCCUCGCACCCAGUGGUGCCCACUGGAGGCAUCCCCCCUCCCCCCCCUGGCAGCGUGGGCAAGCAGAUGGGUGCCAUCGCCGCUGCGCCAUGGGGCUCGGCGCUCAUCCUGCCCAUCUCCUUCAUGUACAUCGCCAUGAUGGGCGCCAAGGGGCUCACGGAUGCUUCAAGACUCGCCAUCUUGAACGCCAACUACAUGGCCAAGAGACUGGAGACCCACUACCCUGUGCUGUUCCGUGGUGCUAACGGCACCUGCGCACACGAAUUCAUCAUCGACCUCAGGGGGUUCAAGACCACGGCGCACAUUGAGCCGGAGGAUGUGGCCAAGCGGCUGAUGGACUAUGGCUUCCACGCCCCCACCAUGUCAUGGCCCGUGCCUGGAACCCUCAUGAUCGAGCCUACAGAGUCAGAGAGCAAGGCUGAGCUGGAUCGUUUCUGCGAUGCAAUGAUUGCAAUCCGGGAGGAGAUCCGAGCCAUUGAGGAUGGGCAGGCGGACAAGGCAAACAACGCGCUCAAGAACGCGCCCCACCCCGCCUCUGUGGUGAUUGCGGACGAAUGGAUCAAGCCCUACCCACGCGAGCAAGCUGCCUUCCCCGCUCCAUGGGUGAAGGCUGCCAAGUUCUGGCCCACUACAGGACGCAUCGAUAAUGUGUACGGUGACCGUAACCUGGUCUCAGUGUUGCCACCUGCUGAUUCGGUAUAGGAGUAGCGGUUGGUUCCGAGGGUUGAGGUAUGAAAUUAUGUUUGUUUUUCCAGUAGUAUUGCUGAUUACACCGUCUUUAUCAUAAGCAUUUUUAAUGCCCAACGGCAAACAGCCUGUGUGCACUAAUGGAACGCCAUGA